AAAUAACAUUGUACUACCGCGGGACGUUUGGUCAAAUUAGAGAAAUAACGUUAUCUCAUUUCGACAUAAAACCUCGCAAAAAUAUACAUGAGCUUAGCUCUCAGUUCUAUUGACUGUGAUUCACGCGCCGCUCACUCUACGCCUCAUCAGUGUAUUUCAGACACUCAGACCCUAACCCUAAAAUCUCCAUCUCCAUGCCACACUCACACUAAACGGUCGAAGGAAGAUCAUCUCCGUCUCUAAGUCUCUGUCUCAAAUCCUACGACGGAAGAAGAUACGAAGAAGAUAUCCUUCGAACGGCCGGAUUUUUAUUUGCAGUCUUGUUUGAUCCUCAAGUUGCUCCUUUAGUUUUGUUUGGCCUACAACAGAAAAGGGUCAUCAAGCAAUAUGCCUCCUCGGUCCUCAGGUUUACUUGUUGGGAAGAGAAAAAGCUCAAUGGGAUGAGUAGUGUCGGAAAAAGAUAGGCUAAGAUGUUGCAGAGGUAUUCUUGUCAUUACUCCACCGCCGCUUUGAUCUCUGUGAUGGGGGCAAUCCAAGCCGUUGGUUUUGCCCUUUGCAUGGAGAGAGAUUGGAGUCGAUGGAAGUUGGGUUGGAACAUUAGACUAGCCACAACAUUUUACUCGGGAAUUGUAGCUUCAGGACUAACGAUUACUCUCACUGCAUGGUGUGUACGCAUGAGGGGCCCACUUUUUGCAUCAAUUUUUAGUCUUUUGGUUCUUGUGCUUGUAGCAAUAGCAUGUUCUUUGCUUUUGGAUGAGAAGCUACACUUGGGAAGCAUACUAGGAGCCGUACUGAUAUUUUGCGGAUUGUACGCGAUGUUAUGGGGAAAAGGCAAAGAGAUGAAGAAGAAUGUUCUCAUGUCAUCCGAUCACCGAUCAUUAGAAGAAAGCAACAACAAAAUAUAUUACGCAUGUAUAAUUUUUUGAUAUGUGUAAUUACUCCAUUUUUUUUUUAUAAGUAAAAAUAUAUUAGAAAAA